AUGAUCACAGGUCUGCCUGAGUAUAAGAAGCGCACCUCAGGUAUGACCUCCGCUGUCUUCCAACCACCACCUCAGGCCCAACUCAGCGCGCCACCCAUGAUAGAACCUGGCGUGUAUACCCUCACCGAUGCGACGUGGAGUAUGGCUAUGGAUCUAUCGGGGAAAGACAGUAAAUCGCUCAUUUCUUACACGAAGCAUAGCCUAGACAAUCAGAUGUGGCAGAUCAUUCCACUCGGCGCAGGCUACUGUAUUCGUAACGUCAAGUCCGGGUUGUAUGUGACUGUUGACAACAGCCUUCAAGAGGACACUACUCUUGUUGCUACGAAAUAUCCUGUGAGCUGGGAUAUAAUUGUGAAGGGGGGGAUAACGCAGAGAAGUGAGGAUGGGGUCACUGUGGUUGUCAAGUGGCCCGAGAGCGACCUAUUUAUAGGAAGUAAAGAUAAGACGCUGAACACCAAGUUGACGCUGAUGAAGGCAGCAUCGCAGAAGACUGCUAGUACGCAGUGGAAACUUGCACUGAAGAGACUCGGGUCUCCUUAA